AGACUGGGUCGACAAGAUCACCUUCGCUGCUCACAGACAGCCGAUCUGGACGUGGACCAUGGUAUCGCUCUAUCAGUCCCAAAUUUGGUUAUGCCCAGCAUGGACUCAGCUGCAAGUGCUCCCGCGGAACAAAAGGCCCCGCCAUCCACUCGACCUCCCUCAAGGCUUGAGCUUCGCCCGAAAGUCUUGACAAGUAUCAGCGAACGCAAGGAGUAAUCAUGCACGCGCGUCGGAGCGACGUGAUGAUGUCAGUCUCCUGCGGCUCCCUCAAGUACCACCCAACCGCCGUGGCCUCCUGCAAUUAGCAUCCUCAUAUCACCCCAUCGCAAUGUACGCACGAUCCUCUACAGAGUACCCUCGCAGGAUGUCCGCGGGCGCUUAUGCUGCUGCACCGCGUCCCGGAGGCUUCGUCCCGCACGGAGGCAUAUCCUCCCCAUACGGCUCUGUCCCCCGCCCGGGCGAUCUACCUCCCUCCUCAGUCGGCUCCUCCAUCGCACCCGGCACCCCUCGCGCAUCCAGCGCACCCGACGCCCUCGACUACCCGAUCAACAUACCGGGCAGCCCCGACACGAGGAUCAACGCGCUGGCGACGCUUCUGGCUGAGGAGCGUACACGGGCGGAUGCUGCCCGGGAGGACGCGUUGAUGCUGAGAGAGGAGGUCAUGGCGCUGAAGGCUGCACUUCGGGACCGUGACAUGGAGAUCGUGGACCUGCGCAGGGAACUUGCGACAGCGUCAUCAGCGGCGCGGGUCUUUGAGGCCCGCGCAAACGAGGCAGAGGCGGGUGCGGCAAGGCUGGCCGAUCGUCUGCCCUUGCGAGAUGUUCCUCCGGGCACCCUUCCUCCGUCGCCGCCCAUGAACGGUAUGCAACGAAAUGGUCCACAACCCAUGCCGUCGAUGACCGCCCCUGGCCCCAUCCCCGCCCCCGCACCGAUACCCGCACCUCUAGUUUCCCCAACACCCCUCCGACCCAUGCGCUCCCUCGACGCCGUAGUUGACACACCCAUUCCCCCACCCGCCGGCCCCGGCCUCGUCGCCACCCCCGCCGCCGGAAACCGAGCCCCCGUCCUCGAGAACGCGCCCGCCCCGCCAGGCCGCAUCCCCACCGCCGUCAUGGACACCCUCCCACCCGGCUUCGUCCCGCACCAGCCCGCAGGCUCAGGUGCAGGCGUGGUCAUCAACAUCCCAUCGCCCGGCUCCUCGCGAUCCUCGACGUCUCCCGUCACGCCCGAUUUCGCGACACCGCUGUCGCCGCUGUCCACGCCGAGCGAGGUGACCUCGGACGAUAUCAUGAUCUACCCGCGCACCACGUCCGCGGCGAUGAACACCGUACCGCUUCCCGGCGUGAAGAACCCCUACGACCCAGGGCUGCCGUCCAUGAUGAGCCAGCUGCGAGUGUAGUACCUACUGGCACUUUAUCCUCAUCGGCAUCCAACGUUGCGUAUUUGAGCAGCAUGUGUAGCAUAUAUAAUUUAUCGUAAACGAAAUGUAUGUAUACUGUAGUGUCAGCCAGAUGUACAGACGUCCCGAGAUCCUCAGAGCCUCCGAUAAAAGAAAAAAGCGUAUGAAGUUCGAGCCUCAUCUACCAUGAAAGCCUUCCAAGCUCGAGCAGCGCACGCAUCACUGACAGACGACAUUGUAGUUCGACUUCGUCUCCGUGCCGAUGGUCAAGUCGAAGUUCAUGUACGUCGAGCGCUCGCCCUCGUCGAGGCAGCCCUCCAUGAAUAGGGCCCCUGGAGUUCGAUGUCAG